GAUGCUCAUUUUAAGACAAAAUUUCGUAUAAAAUCACAUCAUAUGUUGCUUACGUUUGCAAAAACGCCCCGAAACACUAAGCAAAAUGAAACUAAUGAGUUUCUUGGAAAUAUGGAAAAUUAAUUAAUCCUGACGUUUCGCAAGCUCGAGUGACUUUCAUCUUCAGAUGUGGCUUGCUCGGCGCAGAUCCAUACCGCGCACGAAAGCUUAAAUCUUUUGAUAUUGAAUUAAGGAUUUUUACGCAAUAUGGGUCACAUUUUUGAAAUUCGCCAAAAAUGUACUCGUAAGGGGGGAGGUGAGAAAGCAAAAAAAUCUGGUUCCAACUGUUACGUAUGACUCAGGCUAAUAAAUGUAACCCUCAGAUCAACGUACAUCUUUUGCUUCAAAACCGCCAGAUUGAAAAAUUUCCAAACGGAAGUACCUUUUAAAGUAAGUUAAAAACUAAAAUUGGUCAUAUUAAGUCAACAAUUUUCGUCAAAAAGUCCCACUCGAAAUUUUUGCUUAACGCUCGAAAAUUUCCAACCUACUCCCGAUAAAGUAUCUAUAACUUUAAGUAAGAUACAGUGACUUAAAACUGGAAAUUACCAAACUUCGCCUUUAAACGCAACGUAAAACUCAAAAAAUUCACUUUAAACUACAAAUAUGCUUUGAGAUUGAGAAACGAGCGACGAUGUUUGUUCAAAUUCGAUUUAGACUCAAAAUGUCGAAGUUUAACCCACAAUUUGAUCAUAAAUCGAAGUUUAAAUUGGAACUUUAAAACUAAACGUUCUUAAUCCCCAGUUACACGUUUGACUGCCCGUUUAAAGACAAAAUUAUAAAUUUCCACUUUUAAUGAAACCUUUGCUAGAGAAAAGACGACAUUGCGGUUUUUUUAAAAGUGGAAUUCCUGCUUGUAGCACGAAAUAUUUCCAUACCCAUAUGGAUGGAUGGUAGAAACUAGAGCCAAUUAAAUGCGAGCAUCUUUAUUUUGGAGGCACUCUACUAGCCGCCAAAAAUACCUUAAAAUAAAGAAAAUAAUGUGGACAAAGCCCCAUUUUUAUGUCCAUCUCAGUUAUAUCACAUCGCUAUAAAUAAUCUACUUAUAAAUUAUGGACAAAAAAGCUGCGGUGUCAUUUUUCGUUACACAAUUGUCUGUUCAGUUCUAAAAAUAGCCAAAUAUUUCUCUAAUAGGGGUGAUUUAAAACAUUACAUGGAAGUGACAUUUUCAGUUAAAUCCGAUUGUGGGGCAUCUAUUUUAGGGCGCAUCUCUUUACAGGCUUUUGUCCAAAUGGCAUCCGGCUCUUUAUAUAAUUCACUUUUACCCACCCACCCAGACAUUGGUUGUGCAAUUGCACGUUGUCGAUAAAUUUAGAUUUUUAAUUAACUCGGAACAAUACCCUUUUAUGCCAGUCUUUUGCAUCCAUAUAUCCGCUUGCUCUGAGCACCUGUAUUUCUAUAAGACUCUGGGAUUUGCCUAAUGGAUCACGUUGCUUAAGAAUAACGAAUUAAUGCGAAUUAUCCUGGAAAACAACCUUUGUGCUUCUAGAUCCGCUAACUGAACGUGAACCAAAAUGGAAUCAGAAUCUGGUACCAACAACACGAAAAUAUCCGAUUCUGGAUACUCCAACAGUUGCAGCAAUACCACUUCGCAAGGAAGCGCCAGCUCUAAGUCUAGGCAUAGUGGAGGCAGCAAUUCGAGCAGGAGCAGCGGCUAUGGAGGAACCGCAAACCCAAACGAAAACAAUGAGUCCUCCCAUCUACAGGCGGCAAAGCCCAGCAAAGAGCACAAGAAGACCGGCCAAACGUCUUCAACACUUCCCGCUCAAACGGACGAUCUUCAGCCAGUUACUGCACUAUCGGACGGCAUAACUGAAGAAACGUCCUCAGCAAGAACAAGCUUAGGUGUGGAGUCCACGCCCUAUUUAUCAGAUGUAGAUUUAAGCAUUCAAGAAAAUGUGGACUUUGGAAGUAAGAAACCAGAGCCAAUCUUAGACGAUGAUAUGCAUGACACUCAGGACGAAAAAGAAACAACCACUAUUCAUGAGGAUCAAGGCUUCCUAGAUUCCUCCGCCGAUCAUGUAGAGCCCGUUGCCCAAACGGUGGAAAAUCAAAUCGUCGAAUUCUUUCCUAAAGCAGAUCUUCUGGCGUCUGGCCAAUGCGAAGUUAAUGAUGGUUUUUGCUGUGUAAUUUCCAUGCACGAUGGCCUGGUUUUGUACACAACCCCCAGCAUCACUUCCAUUCUAGGAUUCCCGGAGGACACCUGGCUGGGACACUCUUUCAUUGACUUUGUCCAUCCAAAAGACCGCGAUACUUUUUCCACGAAAGUUAGCACAAGUGUGGGCUUGCCUCUAAUUGAUUCCAAUGGAAAAGAUGUGAGAAACUGCUUCUAUGUGUGUCUCAGGCGCCACACAUCUUCAGAAGUACCUCUUCUGGAAAAGCCCAUUUCCUACCAGGCUUUUAAUCUGACCGUUACCAUCAAGCAAAUGACCGAGUCUCCAGAAUCUGGAUUAGCCGACCACAACAAUUGCAUGUUUCUCUUCAUCAUUGCCGUGCCAGUUAUAAGCGCCUACAAAGUUCCCAAAGAGCGAAAAAUGUCCAGCAAAUUCGGAAUGCGCCAUACCGCAUCUUGCAUAAUCAGCUACGUUGAUCCGGACGUGGUGACUAAUUUCGGAUUUUUACCCCAAGACAUGCUGGGAAAAUCAGUCUUUGACUUCUACCAUCCGGAGGAUAUGCCUUUUCUCAAAGAAGUUUACAAAUCCGUGAUGAAAACAUGCCAAAUCAACGGCUCAGUGUUCCGAAGUAAACCCUAUAGAUUUAUGGUCCAGAAUGGAUGCUUCGCCUUAAUCGAAACCGAAUGGUCCAGCGUGAUUAAUCCGUGGUCCAAGAGAAUGGAGUGUGUUAUCAGCUUGCACCAGGUUUUAGAGGGACCUUUAAACCCGAAUGUCUUCGACCUCGCAACCGAUAUAGAGCUGAAAGCAAUUUCCAGCCACGUAAUCAGUCAAGGCAAAGUAUUGCAAGCUGAAAUUUUGCAGCUUUUAACAGUGGAACUUCCAAAGCCUGUGGAAAUAUGCAAACAGGAAGUGUCCAGACGUUGCAAGAACUUGGCCAGUUUCGUGGAAUCCUUCAUCAGUACGACUAAGCUGGAAAUUGAAGUUCCUCAGGAGUUCAACGAGAGCUUUUCGGAAAGGGAUUCGGUGAUGUUGGGAGAAAUUUCGCCCCAUCACGAUUUCUGCGACAGCAAAUCAUCCUCGGAAACGCCUCCGAGCUACAACCAGCUGAAUUACAACGAAAACAUUACCAGAUUCUUCCAAAGUAACCCAAAUACCAGCGCUACCUAUGGGGAGAAUCAGUUCGCUAGUAAUGCGAUUGAACUGAUAUAUCGAAAAAAAGAAGACGAGGUUUCUGAUUGCGUCCCCAUUAAUCCAAAAUGUCUGUCGCCACUCCAAAACUGCGAAAACUCCAGAUACGGAAGCGCGGGCAAUUUAAGUUCAGGCAGCACUCCGAAUCUGGAAAGCGAAAUCACUAGCGGCACCAACAUGACAAGCGACGACUACAAAGCGCCACAAUUGACUGCAUCCGUGCUGGUCAGACACAAUGAGGAUAUGGAAAAAAUCAUGAUCCAAAAGCACAAAAAGGAACGAUCGCACUUUAAGGACCGGGAAGCGAAAAAAAGCCAUCAGAAGCUGGAAAAACACACCAAUGAGAUGUUUAUGGAAAGCGCCAAUGAGCACCAUCAAGGAGUGAAACGAAGUGGAAGGCAUUUGAUUGAAGAUAGAGAGGGCUGUAAAAUAUUCAAACAAAAUGGGCACAAUGAGCUAUUUGAAAAUCCUGGACCCAGUUUUUACAGCAAUGCGCAAAUGAGUUCCUCCGCAGAAAGUCCGAGCCAUCCCCAUAGGAGCGACUUGCUCACCAACGCGUUGAAUAUGUGGAGCCCUUUUCCAGUUCCAGUGGCUCACAAUGCAAAGGACGCACUCAAUCAAGGCGUUUUGCCCGUUUACUAUGUACCAACCAUUGUUCCGCCUGGACCUCAAGUUUCCCAAAGAAAUCAAGUGCAAUAUUUGCCUGCUGGUGUGCUCUCCAAUUAUGCUCCGGGAAUAUUUCCCCCGCCGAUUCUUUGCCCCACAAUUCCUAUCUUGUCCUUGCAAAACGUGCCUUUGGGACCAGAAGCGGGUCACUUGAGGAACAUAGACCCUACUUACGACCGAGCGGCUUAUCUAGAUUCAAGGCUGCAUCCAUCAGAUGGUUCUCAGCAGUUUGAUGCUGGUAUCCAGCGCCUUUCCGGAUCUGGGCCUCAAUGCUAUCGGCCUUCAUCUCAAGCCACAUCCGUUAAAGCGGAACCUGGCAGCCGGAUCGGUUCCAUUGCCUCAGCUAGUGUAGUAAAUAAGCUACCCGAGCCGAUUCUACGGCCCAACAAGCUGGUGAGUUCUUAUCGGCCAAACCGCAUGGAGGAGGAGAGUAGCUGUUACUCUUCCUCAUAUUCCUCGUUUUUGAAAACCGACACAGGUUCCCGAUCAAACGACGAUUCUGCUUCAUGCAACAACACCAACCGCACUGACGAUGAAAUGGUAAAUAGCCAGCGCCAAGUGUGUCCAUUGCGAAAGCGAGAGCCUCCAUGGCUGGAAUCAAUGACCUUAACUCCAGAUGUAAUCUACCGAUACCAGAUGUCCGUGAAGAAUAUCGAUGAUAUUUUAAAAAUGGAUCUCAACGCUCUGAAACAAAUCGAGCAACCUGUGAUGGUCAAUGAUCAGCUGCAGCAGCUUUAUAUAGAAAUGGAGUUAGAGGGAUUGUCGAAAGCUCUGACUUUGGAGGAAGAACGUUUAUCCAGCAGCAGCAGCAGUAGUGGAGAUAUACUGGAAAACAAUGCUGGCGCAACAAAUCUGAAUAGAAAGCGGCCUUACAGUUCGUUCUGGUGAUGAUCACUCGACGAUAACAAAUUUCCUGCUCUUAACGCUGCAUCUUCCAAAGAAAACCUAUAUACCUCGGUUUUAGAUAUUUUUACCUUAAAAUAUACCGCGGUAGUAACAUCCAAGAAAUAGAAACAUGUUUGUUAUGUUUAGAAGCUAUUUAGCAAACCACGCAUGCUAUUUUAGGUAUCUUCAUACUCACUCUGUUACAUUAUCUAUACAUAUAUUAUAAUAAUAUUGUGUCGUAGAUCUAAUUUUGAUGUAUUUAGUUCGUAUCAUGUUUUUGAUAAUGAUGUUUUGUACUUUUUAUAUUAUAUUAUAUACUUGUGUAAUUGAUUAGUCGACAAGCCAAUGAACGUAGGUAUUGUAGCCAAAUACAAACCAUAUUAAAGCGUUUUAUUUUUGA